AUGAUUGAUGUUGAAGCGGUUUUCAAGAGACGUGUCAUUUAUUUAACAUUUGUUUAUGGUGAUCCUGUUCCUAAGAACCGGGAUUCGGUCUGGGAAAGAUUAUUACGGAUUAGUUUAACUCGGUCAAAUCCUUGGUUUAUGGUUGGGGAUCUAAAUGAAUUAACUGGAAAUCAUGAGAAACGAGGAGGGAAGCUUAGGCCUGCCUCCUCGUUUCUCGCUUUCAAUGGGAUGAUUAGGGACUGUGGUUUCUUGGAUUUUCCCUAUUUGGGGGAUUGUCCGUCCUGGCGGGGAUGGCGUGAUAAGAAACCAAUUCGGUGUCGGUUAGACAGAGCUUUAGGAAAUGAGGAUUGGCAUGAUUUAUUUCCAGACACGGUUACAGAGUAUUUACCUAUGAUUGCUUCUGAUCAUAAGCCUCUUGUGGUUAGCAUUGGGGCGAAGAGGCCGCGGGGGCGUAGGAGCUUCAUGUUUGAUCGCCGUUGGGUGGGUAAACCAGGUUUAAUGGAUGUGAUCUCCUCCGGUUGGUCAGACAAACCGGAUCAGGAUUUUUCCGGGAAAAUUAUUAACUGUAGACGAGAAAUCUCUCGAUGGGGUAAGUCACAGGCUCCGUUUGGACGGGAAUUAAUUGAGGACCUUAAGCGGCAGUUGGAGAUGGCUUAG